AUGGGUAGUAACAUUCACCGGUUGCUCCCAAGAAGGGAUAAAUUUCUGGGCAAGGAUCUUUCAGGGUGGAUUCUAAAGGAUACCUCAAAUGAGUCAACAUCUGAUUCAGUCUGGAAAUUAUUUUCAGCUGAGCAAUAUGAACCAGACAGCAAUGCCUCACAGACCAAGGUGUUAAAACAGUCUAUUUCUAAGCUUGAACAACGUAUCUCAGCCUGCCGCGUUGCUAAUAUCGGGAAGCCGCAAAUCCGAUAUGCUCUUCAAUCCUAUUACUCUGGGGGCGACGUGGAAAAAGCCUUUGAACUUCUUAUGAUUAUUGAAGACUCCAUUGGGGGCAUUCUUAGGACGUAUCGACCCAGUACGAAACUCCUAGGGGCCGAAAAUAGAAAAGGCGUUACAUGCUAUCUUGAUGCACUUCUUUUUGCGAUGUUUGCGCGCCUCGACUUCUUUGAGGGUGUUCUCUACAACACUUUCGAUGAUGAGCCUCGAAGAAAUUUAGUGAUUUUUUUACGCUUUUGGGUAAACAUGUUACGCUCUGGGAAACUGAUUACUACCGAUAUAACAAAGCAGCUUCAAGGGAUACUGGCAGCAUGCGGCUGGGCUGGCGCAGCUCAAUUAAAACAACAGGAUGUCUCGGAGGCAUUUUCCUUUAUAACAGAGAAGCUAGAGCUACCACUGAUCACGUUGAAGAUGGAUAUUUUUCACACAGGUAAGGAGGAGGCGGGUGAUGAUCAUAAAUUUGUGAAUGAGCGUCUUUUAGAGGUUGCAAUACCCCCAUGCCUUGAUGAUAGGCCAAUCACUCUCGAAGAAUGCUUGGAGGCAUAUUUUAAUAACCGCGUCGAGGUCAAGCGGUUUCUCAACCGCCAAAAUACUUUACGGUCCAUUUCAUCCAUGGAUUCCCUGAGCAAAUGCGGUGCAGAUCACAUUGAAAUAGCGGAACCCGACUCCUGCCCUGCCUCACCCUCUCAUUUUUCCCAAUUCCCUACUCUUUCAGAAGAGAGACCUUUAUCACCGGAGACACCAACUACUCCACGAAAGCAGCCGAGAGCACGUCGUACCGCUAGCAUUUUUCGAGAACGUUUCAUCCCAGAUUCUGUCACUGUCAAUAAUAAGGCCGAAGGACACGGUGCGGGACCAGCCAAUCGAUACAGGAAAGGCAGCAUACGAAAGGAGGUAUUGAUGCCUGCAUGGCAAAUUUUCAGUCUUAUUCCUUGGUAUACCGAUGGCCUCCCUACCAAUGACGCAGAGACCGCUUCACAUUUUUCGACGAAGCGGCCGAUUCUAGGAAUUUGCCUAAAACGAUACUCUGUACUCCCAAAUGGAACGACCGUUCGCCUCGAUACCUACAUAGAUAUUCCUACAGAAAUAGGCCUACCUCAUUUUAUCAAAGACGAUAACUUGGAAGAAGACGCUCCUUUGUACGGAAAUUUCAAACUUUCCUUGCAGGCUGUGAUUUGCCAUCAAGGGAAUUCCGUUGAUUCUGGCCAUUACAUCUCUCUCGUUAGAGGCUCCUCAUUAGUGGAUUCUAAUACCUCCUCGAACGAUAGUUCACUAAGCGACGAUUCGUUUCCAGAUAAUAUCAACAAUUACUGGCUACGCUUCGAUGAUAUUGCCCAAGAGCGUAUUACUGUUGUCGAUAUUGAGAAAGCCCUAAAAGAUGAAUCUCCAUAUCUUUUGUUCUAUCAAAUACUCCCAAUAAACGCUGAUCCGGCGGACCUCGUUCCACCGCCUUACGAAGAGUCCAAUGGCUAUGGCGGCGUGCUCCUGGAAAAAGGGAUAUAUGAAAAUUCAGAGGCCACUUCAGCGACUGAAUUACAAGAACAAGUAUCAGCAAAAUCUUCAGUUGAAUAUAGCAAAAAACUGCUGGAACCGCCAAUUGAGACGGAUAUGAAUGGAACUCCCGAUAAGUCUCGAUCUUCCAGAAACAAAUCCAGGUCACGCAGUAGGCCUGCUUCAUCGGACAAUAAAUUCUUUUCCUAUUUAUCACGUAGGAAGAGCACAGAGCCCCUCUCUAGACGGAGCAUUGAACAUAUGAACAAUGUCGAAAAACGGCAUUCAGCGGAUAUUCCUGUCGAGAAUGAGAGAGUCUCCCGAUCAAUAACUCUAAAAAGGGCAACACGGCCUGAUAGAGAAUGUGUGGUAAUGUGA